AUGUUCAGAAAUACUCACAACCAUGAAUAUCGUGCUGAAACAACUCGUUUACCAUCUCCAGUACGCCAAUCUGUUUCUAAAUAUGUUCAUAUCUGAAUUAUUGGUCUAUAUACAACAUUUGUAAUUGUUAUUGCACGAUUAGUACGUUCAAUUCUGCCAAAAGGUCAAACAAUUAUGUUUAAUGAAUUACCAAAUAUUGAACGUUUUUGGCAUCUUUUACAAGAUAUUUAUUUGGUUCGAGAACACAAUAGAUUAAAUAUUUAAGAACAACUUUUUGCUAAAGUUCUAUUCUUAUAUCGUUCACCAGACACACUGAAAAAAUUUACAAAAGCUAAAAUAGACAAAUACAAUUAGAUAUUAUUUUAUAUAUGGAGUUGAAAUUUUUUUUUAAUGAUAUGUAUUAUCAGUUUUCUCUUUGUUAGUCAUUGUCUGUAUUAUUAUAAUUUUUUUUCUCUAUUCAUCGUUUGAUGUUGAAGGUAUUCAUUAUUUUCUUUAUUUAUAUGUAUGCAAUCAUGACAUUAUUAUUAUUAUUAUCAGUAUGAA